UUUUUAAUUGAAAUAAAUAAUUCUAUUCUCAGAGUGUUUUGCCAUUAGAUAGUUAAAAUAUCGUGAUAUAAUUUGUGCUCCUGUGUGUUACUUUUGUAGUACUACUUCGUUUAAAGUAGAUAGAAAAUGGCGACAAUACAAGGAGCAUCGGUCAAACAAUGGCCAGUGCGGCCCGGCUUACAACAUCAAAACAGCCAAAGCAACCCGAGUAUUACGUUAAAUAGAACAAUAAACCUAUAUCCACUGACGAAUUACACAUUCGGCACGAAGGAGCCGCUAUUCGAGAAGGAUGCGUCUGUGCCGGCGAGGUUCCAGAGAAUGCGUGAGGAGUUCGCCAAGAUUGGAAUGAGAAGGUCAGUGGAAGGUGUACUACUGGUACAUGAGCACGGUCUACCUCAUGUGCUGCUGCUGCAGCUCGGCACAGCAUUCUUCAAGUUACCUGGUGGAGAACUGAAUCCGGGAGAGGACGAAAUUGAGGGACUCAAAAGGCUAUUGACAGAAACUCUGGGCAGGCAAGAUGGAGUGAAACAGGAGUGGCUUAUUGAAGACACUAUUGGCAAUUGGUGGAGACCCAACUUUGAACCGCCUCAGUACCCAUACAUACCUCCGCACAUAACCAAACCAAAAGAGCACAAGCGUUUAUUCCUCGUCCAGUUACAGGACAGGGCCUUGUUUGCAGUGCCCAAAAAUUACAAGCUUGUUGCCGCACCACUGUUUGAGUUGUACGACAAUGCACAGGGAUACGGACCUAUAAUCUCAUCUCUCUCACAGAGCCUGUGCAGAUUCAACUUUGUGUACAUGUAAGAGUGGGAAAAUUGACAAUAUUUGACAUUCGAGACCCACACAUUGGCGCGAUUGGCGCUUAAUCUUUCCUUGUAAUAUUAUUUUCAAAUUGACCAAUAUCUCAAGAUAUAUUUUUGUUCAGCAGCACUUUUAUUGUGUGGUUGGUAAUAAAAACAGUUAAAUCUGAAACUACUGUUUUGUAGUUGUGGUAACAGACACCCAUAAUUUUCAAAAAUGUGUGAAGAAUUUUGUAUUAGUGUUAUAUUGCGUACAUUAAUUGUAAA